UCGACUGCCGUCAUUACCUACAACAUAUGAUAUCACCGCCAGGGUUCUAAUGGACAUUCGAGACGCCCCCGGGGCCCGUAGGCUGCAUAUAGUUAACCAAGUAGAGUCCCUACCCGCUGCUCGGUUACGCGAAACCAGCAUUUAAGCCUAUCCGCAUACAGCAUACCAACCGCGCGCGCGUCUUCCCAUCCACGACUCACGACAUCCAGUGUCCACAUACGCAACACCAAAAAAAUAAACCACACACAAUGCCGUACAACGACCUCCUCACGUCGAUCUCAGAGCGGUAUCCGUGCCGCGACUCACAACUAUCGCAGCUGUCGGCAUUGAUAGGCGAUGAAACCUCGCCGAGCCCCUCCUCGUUCGUCCUGUACGGCCUCGAAGCGACGGGUAAAACGCUCAUCCUGCGGGCGUUACUACAAGAGUCCGAGGUCAGUUUCUCGUGGCUGCCGUGUGACGAAUGCAUCACUGCCCGCCACUUGACGGAGCGCAUUGCGGCGACGGUGGAGGCUGCACUGGAUCUCGGUGAGGACCUGGGGCUGCCAAGGUCACAGGAGGUUGGCGCCCUCGCGGUUUUCCUGCAGGCCGCGCUGGCGAGGGUGAGGGAGGUGAAACAUUUUUUGGUGCUGGAUAGAAUCGAUCAGCAACGGGAUCCGACACCGACUUUGGUACCCGCGCUGAGGAGGAUGGGCGAGAUGAUCCCCAAUCUGACGGUGAUCUUCGUCGUCUCCGCGCCACACUCCCGGUUCUUCAGUUCCGCCGAAAUACCGCAUAUCCAUUUCCCGCCGUACUCGCGCGAAGAGAGCAUCGAGAUCCUCUCCACAAACCCACUACCGAUCAAGAAAACGGGUGAAGAGCAGGAUCCGGACGACGACGAGACGUCCGACGACGAAGCGACCAAGGAGGAGCUCGCGAAGGAGGAGCUCUACGUGUGGCAGAAAUUCUGCGCGACGGUGUGGGACUCGCUCGCGAAAGGUGCCGCAAGGGAUAUCGUACGUUUCCGGAACGCGGUGGAGAAGAAUUGGAGCACGUUUGUGCAGCCUAUCGCGAGAGGCGAGUAUGGAACUAGGAAUUACUCCAGCUUGUACCUGUACCACAAGGACAUGUUCCGGCAGGAAACCAGCGUGCUCGAUACGGUUAUUCCGCCAGCUGUUAAUGAGAGGUCCACCAUGGUGGUGAAAUCACAUGACCUACCGUACUACUCCAAAUUCCUGCUCUGCGCGGCGUAUCUCGCAUCGUACAAUCCUCCGCGCUCCGAUGCGCUGCUGUUUACCAAAGCCGGCGAGGGCAAGAAGCGAAAGCGCGGAGGUGGCCUCAACAAGCAAGCCGGAACACGAAAGAUCCAACGUCGCCUCCUCGGCCCGCAAUCAUUCCCGAUCGAGCGGCUGUCCGCCAUCUUCCCCACGCUGACAUCGCACACCGUCCCCCCGUCGGUCGACGUCCAGGCGCAGAUCGCUACGCUCACGUCGCUGCGACUGCUGGUCAAGGCGACGAGCCUGGAUCCCCUCGAUGGCAGCGCCAAGUGGAAGGUCAAUGUCGGCUGGGAGUAUAUCCGCAGCAUCGCCAGGAGCGUUAAGUUCGAUAUCGAGGACUACAUGAUUGAAUGAUUGAUUCGUGCUGGCCCUGGGGGAUUUGGGAUUUAGUGUGCAUACAAUAAUAGACGAG